GCUAAGGGAGGCGCGCGGAGCGCUUGUGCCUGCGCACUUCCACACCAGCCCGUGUAGUGUGACGCUGGGCCCCGUCCCUAUGACCGGGCCAGGCUCGGAGCUGCAGGGAAUCCGGACUUUCGGGCUCUCUGGAAGGCCGGGGAGAGGCCAGUGUGGGAGGACCUGGUGGGGAGGAGGCCGUGUUACAAACCCUGCGCGGAGCUGCACCGCUGCUGCCAGACACUGCGACGCCGCGACCUUUUCUACUCCGGACUACGUUUCCCAGCGGACCCCGCGGGAGUUGGGCCGGCGGCCCCUUUGUGUCCUCCGGGGGCGGAGGCAGCUGAGGCGCUUCUUUCCGGGCCCGUAGGGGCUGGGUUCCAUCCAACUAAGGGUAGCGGUGAGACCCGAGUGCAGAUUCCCCAAGCCUUCGGGGCAGGAAGGGGAUCUUCCACCAGUUCUGUUCUGCAGGUCGGGAGUGGGCUGAGGAGUGGCGUGUGGGUCUCCGGAAGCUCGUCCCAGGCCAUCUGUGUGACUCCGGUGCGAGUGGAGGAGUUGGUGACCUUCAGAGAUGUGGCUGUAGACUUCUCCCAAGAGGAAUGGGAUUGUCUGGAUUCUUCUCAAAGACAUCUGUACAGUAAUGUGAUGCUAGAGAACUACAGGAUCUUGGUAUCACUGGGACUUUGCUUUUCCAAACCAAGUGUGAUAUUAUUGUUGGAACAAGGAAAAGCACCCUGGAUGGUGAAGAGAGAGCUGACAAAAGGCUUGUGCUCAGGCUGGGAGCCUAUAUGUGAGACUGAAGAAUUAACCCCAAAGCAGGACUUUUAUGAAGAACAUCAAUCCCAGAAGAUAAUAGAAACACUUACAAGCUAUAACCUUGAAUACUCCAGUUUGAGAGAAGAGUGGAAAUGUGAGGGCUAUUUUGAAAGGCAACCAGGGAAUCAGAAGGCGUGUUUCAAGGAAGAGAUAAUCACUCAUGAAGAACCCCUUUUUGAUGAGAGAGAACAAGAAUAUAAAUCUUGGGGAAGUUUUCAUCAGAACCCACUGCUUUGUACACAAAAGAUAAUCCCCAAAGAGGAGAAAGUGCAUAAACAUGACACACAAAAGAGAAGCUUUAAAAAAAAUUUAAUGGCUAUUAAGCCCAAGAGUGUCUGUGCAGAGAAGAAACUUUUGAAAUGUAAUGACUGUGAAAAAGUCUUCAGCCAGAGUUCAUCCCUUACUCUUCAUCAAAGAAUUCAUACUGGAGAGAAACCCUAUAAAUGUAUAGAGUGCGGAAAAGCCUUCAGCCAGAGAUCAAAUCUUGUUCAACAUCAGAGGAUUCAUACUGGAGAAAAACCCUAUGAAUGUAAGGAAUGUAGGAAAGCCUUCAGUCAGAAUGCACACCUAGUUCAACAUCUGCGAGUUCAUACUGGAGAAAAACCUUACGAAUGUAAGGUAUGUCGAAAAGCCUUCAGCCAGUUUGCCUACCUUGCUCAACAUCAGAGAGUUCACACGGGAGAGAAACCCUAUGAAUGUAUCGAAUGUGGGAAAGCAUUUAGCAACAGAUCAUCCAUUGCUCAACACCAGAGAGUUCAUACAGGAGAGAAACCCUAUGAAUGUAAUGUCUGUGGGAAAGCAUUUAGCCUUCGUGCAUACCUUACUGUACAUCAGAGAAUACAUACUGGAGAGAGACCCUAUGAAUGUAAGGAAUGUGGGAAGGCCUUUAGCCAGAAUUCACACCUUGCUCAACAUCAGAGAAUUCAUACUGGAGAAAAACCUUAUAAGUGUCAGGAAUGUAGGAAAGCAUUCAGCCAGAUUGCCUACCUUGCUCAGCAUCAAAGAGUUCAUACUGGAGAGAAACCCUAUGAAUGUAUUGAAUGUGGGAAGGCUUUUAGCAAUGACUCGUCCCUUACUCAACAUCAGCGAGUUCAUACUGGAGAGAAACCUUAUGAAUGUACUGUUUGUGGAAAGGCUUUUAGUUACUGUGGAUCCCUUGCCCAACAUCAGAGAAUUCAUACUGGAGAGAGACCCUACGAAUGUAAGGAAUGCAAAAAAACCUUCAGGCAGCAUGCACACCUUGCUCAUCACCAGAGAAUUCACAUUGGGGAGUCACUGUCACCACCCAACCCAGUCAAUCACCAAGUCCUAUAGAUCCUGAGUCCUAAAUGUUUCUAGAAUUUAUACUGUUUUUUAUCUUUAAUGUUGUCACCUUGGUCUGAUUCAUCUCACUCUGAUUACUAAUAUAGCUUUCAAACAGGU